AUGUCGGAUUACGCGUCGUUAACUGUAGCGCAAUUGAAGGAAUUGUUAAAAGGCAAGAACUUGCCUGUGGAUGGAAAAAAGGCUGACUUGGUAGCCAGACUCACUGAGGCUGGUGCCGGAAACGAGUUGGAUGAACCUAAAGACGCUGUUGAAGGUACUGAAGCUGCCACUAAUUCCGCUGUUGAAGCAUCUGCUGCUGAUGCACCUGCUGCUGAAGCUUCUACUUCGGAGCCUGUUGAAACCGCAGAGUCCACUGAGGCCGCAGAGUCCACUGAAGCAGACAAGCAAGAGCAGAAGGAAAAGAAACCAGAAAAGAAGGUGUUGACUCCUGAGGAAAUCAAGCAGUUGGCGGUGGAUUUGCUUACCAAGAAAAUCAAGAGAGCAGAGAAGUUUGGAGACGAGGCACUGGCCCAGGAGGCUAGAGCCAACUUGGCUCGUGUGGAGAAGUUUGGAGUGGAUCCAUCCACGGCUUUGGCCAAGGAGAUUGGAGCCACCAACCGUGGAAUCAACAGUGAGCUCAAGCCACCCAAGCGUCGUGGAGGAUACAAAAAUGGCGCCAGAUCUAGAAAGAAGUCCAAGAAUUAA